CGGGCGGCCAAAUCAGUCUAUUUUCGAUAGUUUUCCGGACAACACGUGCUCGAAAUAAUGCGCCGAAAAGUAAUCCUUAGCCUACUGUUAUGCUGUAGUGGCCUGUUGACAUCGGCCGAGCCUCAGCAAGCGUCACCAUCCACCACGGCAAGGCCUGCUUUGGAGAAUCCAGCUUACGAUCCGACAAUGUACCAGCAGUUCGUCCCGCAAGACGCCGUUCAAAAGUACGUCCACGCCUAUAGUGGCCACAACUACCAGAACGCCCAGGGAGGAUUUGUCCCCUACGAGCCAGCUGCCUACGCCACCAUCCCAUCCUCGCAACCGUUCCAAGCCUAUCUGGUGCCGGCAACUCCAGUGGAGAAGUCCACCCUCUCGAAUUCAGUCCGAAUGCCGACGGCCCGAACUCUACUGGGCAUCCUGGGGCAACUCGUGUCGUUGGUGUUUGGAUCCGUGGGGGCCGUUGCUUUGGGAACGCUGCUGACGUCGAUUCUGUGCUUCGUGACGCCGUUCUGUACCCUGUCGUUCCGCAGUGCCAAAGGGUUGGAUUCGGCGGUCAGAGUCGGAGAAACAACGAAGGAGGUCAUUUCGGCGCUGGGUGAACAGGUCACGGCCGAUCGGGUGAAACGGGCCGCCGAUUUCGUCAAGGUGGCCAUUGACAAGUUUCAACAUUUGAAUAAACAGGUGCGGGAGGCGACCGAGCGGAAGGCUGGGGGUUUUGAGGGAAAUGUGUGAAUAUUUUUGUAGGAAUUAGUCUUGAAUAAAAUUGAUUAGGUUGUGAAAAAA